AUGCUGACCUGCAAAAUAUUUGGCAAAAGUUUUGCGGGUUUUCUGAUAGUUUCGAGGUCACGUUUAGUUGCAGAGUAUGCAGCCAAGGGGAAAAUUAUGAGGCGACGAACGGCAUAUCCGGUGUACGAAUUCGUUCCACAAAUUGCCGACUUUGAUCUUGAAACAGACGAUAUUCCGGGAGACACUUCGGCAUUUAGUGCUGAUGCGUCUAUGCAAAACAUGAUCCCAGUUAUGUGCAGCCCUCAUGAUGAACAUCAGGCUGUGUGUGCCGCAACAAAAAGGAAGUUCGAGAGCCGUUUGAUCAAUCUAAACCUGGAAGUAACUAACUUGAAGAAACGCUGCAAUGGUCUCGAGGGCGUCGUCAAAGAACAGGAGCAAAAAAUUCAAGCACAGGAAAAAACGCCUAAGCUCGCCCUAAACGCGCUCAACAGGACGUUUAACUCCGACCAAGUGGACAUGCUUUUGUACCAAAAGAAACGUCCGAGAGAAUGGAGUGAUGAAACGGUAACGGAAAGCCUUAAAACGAAAUUCGUGUGUGGGAAGAAGGGAUAUGAGCACCAGCGGAGUAAGUAUCCACUGCCAUCGGAACAGACGUUACAACGUAAGGUAGAAGAUUUGGAUUUUAACCCUGGAAUACUAUACGACGUAUUGGAGCUUUUGAAACUGAAAGUUGGCACAAUGCUACCAGAAGAUCUCGACUGUGGACUCGUAUUCGAUGAAAUGUCUAUCGAAGAAGCAAGAAGUUUUUGUAUUUCGGACAGUAAGUUCUACGGAGAUAUAACCAUAGAUGGUCAAACCGGACUGGCAAGUCAUGCACUAGGUUUUGUAUUGGUCGGAGUCAGGGGCAGGUGGAAGCAAACUGUUGGUUACCAUUUGACGGGAAAUAGUAUACCUGAAAAUGAUCUGAAAGAAGUCGCCUACAAAAUUAUCCGAGAAGUAGAAUCUUUUGGUUGCAAAGUCCAUUUCCUCACAUCGGAUUGUGGUCCAAAUAAAAAACUGUGGAAUGCUCUAAAACUGAAGUUCCAUAGGAACAACGUCAUGGAAAGUGUUCCCAUUGAACAUCCUACGGAUUCGACCAGAAAGCUGGAAAUCAUUCCGGAUGUGGUGCAUGUCUUCAAAUCAACAGUGCAAGGGUGGUUAAAUAACGAAGUGCUGUGGCUACCACCAGACGUGGUGAAAUCUAACGGAUUUUGCACGAACGAAGUCAACGUGCAACACCUGGCGGACCUUGUAAACUAUGAACGUGAAAAUUUACUUAAAGUGGCACACAGUCUGAAGCCUGAGGAUGUGGAAUUUGGAAAGAAGAGGAGUAAUUUUGAUGUGAUGAAAGUGAUUAAUUCCACAAAAUACGUGAACCAGAAUAUUUCUGCCGCACUUCGAUUUUACAGCAAUGCUGCGAAUCGACCCGAACUUCUCCCAACAGCUUACUUCAUCGAAACACUUUCCAAAUGGUUUCGCCUCUCAACAAGCAGAUUAAGCAAAACUAACAUCCAGAAAUAUCAUGAAACGCUUGAGUUCUAUGAAUUUUUCAGGAAAAUGAUUUUUGCUUUAGAGGUAGGACAUAAGCGGUACUGGAAACCCUGGCAGGCAGCUAUAAUUCUUGCCACAAACUCUAUACUAAGACUACAAGACAUGUUCUUGAACGUGAAAGGAUACAGCUUUCUUUUUACGUCACGCUUCACUCAAGAUUGCGUGGAGAAUAUUUUUUCUCAAAUUAGAAUUAGGCAAAAGAAACCCACUGCGUUACAAUAAGGUUUCUUGAAAUCAUUGUCAGUUUCACAAUAUCUAACAACGGUGCGUAAUUCAUCAUAUGACACAGAUGACAGAGAUUGGCUAAUAGAAUUUCCUUCGAAUAUUAAGCAGUUGAAGCAAACCAGAACUAUGAGAGUAGAACAAAAAGCAUUCGUAGCGAACAACUUAUGUAGCUUAAAUAAGCAGGCAGCGUUAGAAAGAAUGAACGACACAGAAAAGAAUGUUAUCUACCAUAUUGCCGGUAUGAUUGUGUACAAAGUGGCGAAACAUGGAGCAGUCUGCCACCAAUGUAUCGAAAAAUGCACAGCAUCUACACCUUUUGUAUCAGAUUUCAGCAAACUCACUAUUACAAAAGAUUUUACCGGUCAGGCAUUGGUUUAUGUUAAUGAAGAAACAUUCAUUUUCUUUUUGAAAUUAGAGCUUGUGUUGAGAAGCGAGUUAGAGAAUCUAGAAAACAAUAACGUAUUUGAUUACAUUGAAUCACAGUUGUUACAUGUUCCAGCCACGCACAUGAUCUCCUGUCAUGAUUUAAAACGAAAACUCAUAAGACGCUUUUUGAAUUUUCGUUUAAAAAUUCAGGAAUCGAAAAAAGUUCAUAAAAAUAGGUUCGAUAGCAGAUCAAUGGCCGUAUAG